AUGGACGACGAUGACGAUGGGCUGGUGCCGGUGCCGGCGGCGCGGCCUCGGCGGCUGCUGGACUCACGGAAGCGGAAAAGGGGCAGGAGAGGGGCAGCCGUCGAGGGCGAGGGCACAGGUACAGAGACAGCGUCGAGCGCUGGCGGUGCCGGCGAGGAGGCGCGCCCGUCGCCGGCCCGGAAGCGUGCAAGGCAUCUCCCAACCACGACCUUUUUGGACGACCGCCCGGUCAGAACCGACACGACGCGGUCGCGGGCGGCAGUCGAGGCUUCGCUCCCGCUGCCGCCGGCGUACCGCGAGCUGUGCGAGGUGUACGUGGCGGCACGGGUGACGGCCGAGGCGUGCAGCAAGCUCAAGCUCCGGCCGACCUUUUCACGGAUCGCCGCCAUGGUACGCGACUCGUCGAACGGGCAGGUCAUCCUCCGCCCUCAACACGUGGUGGCGUGGGCGGCGCAUGCGCCGCAGGUCAUCCGGCUCGCCCCGCGCGAGGUCCACGACCCAGGCUCGGCGAGCGGCAACGGCAAGGUGCCGGGCGUCGAGCUCAUCUUUGGCUCGCAGGCUGGGUCGAGCGGCAGGUCACGCGCGGUCACGCUUGGUCGUGGUGUCGACGAUCUGCAAGCUGCCAUGCUUCGAUCGGUCCACGCCGCUCACGGCGCCCUGCUGAUCAGCCUCGACCCGGUGCUCGAGGCCAAGCCGGCCGAGGCAAAGGCCAUCUCGUUUGCGUACGUGGCGAGGCACCGCUCAUGGCAUCCGGCCUUUGCCGCCCUCCUUCCGGCCCUCUUCAGAGACAUGCUGCCGUACGAGGCCAAGAGCUCGGAGGCACGGCCUGGGCUCGAGCACGCAGACCUGCUCCGCGGCAUUGCUGUCGCUCGCGAGAUGGCCGCCAAGGGCCUUGUCGUCUCGCCGCACACUGCUGUCGCCGCCCUAGCCUCGGACAUUGUUCACGAGCGGCUGGGGUGCAAGCUCGGGCCGAAAGAUCUCACCAUCCGUGAGUUUAUGGCGCACGUCCAAGAGGCCACGGUGUAUUCGGGCCAGCUGACGUACAGCGAGGUCCAGCCGCCGGUGGCAGCGUCGCUGGUCUCAUUUUCACGCGCCGAGACCGAGAUGGGCGUGCGGCUUGGGACAGCGCUCAUCAACGCGUACUCGCUCUCCGGCAUCGAGUCGCUGUACUCGCACCAAGCGCUGGCGCUGCAGGCGCUGAUGCGCGACGGGCGCAACGUGAUUGUGACCACGGCAACUGACUCUGGCAAGUCGCUCAUUUUCCACGCUCCUGUCGUGACCGGCCUGCUCGACGCCGCCGGUGGACGCGAGCCGGCUGCCCUGUACAUCUAUCCGACCAAGGCGCUGGCCCAAGAUCAGCUGCGGUCGAUCCGCCAGCUGCUGGCGAGCGAGUCACUUGUCGCCUCUGGCCUCGACAACGUUGUUGUCGACACGUACGACGCCGACACUUCGCGCAAGCUCCGACCGGGCCUCCGCACCAAGGCCUCGGUCAUUCUCACUAAUCCGGACAUGAUACAUGCCUCGCUCCUCGGGCACCACGAUUUGUGGGCUUCAUUCUUUGCGCGACUCAAGUAUGUGGUCCUUGACGAGGCUCACUACUACCACGGGGUUCUCGGCUCGCACGUGGCGCUCAUUCUCCGGCGGCUCCUGCGGGUCUUCCGCCAUCACGCGCCUGGCGCACCCGACCCGCAGUUCAUCAUGUGCUCGGCAACAAUUGCCAACCCGCAGGCGCACGCCCAGGCUCUUGUCCCACUUCCCUUUGUUGCGGUCACCGCUGACGGUGCGCCGCGCGGCGAGCGAACGUUUGCGGUGUGGGAUGCGGCGGCGGCGGCGGCGGCGCGGGCGGCGGCCGGGGCCGGCAACGUGUCGGCGGUUGGCUCGCCGUUCAAGGAGGCUGCCUUUCUCUUUGCCGAGCUUGUCCGCCACGGGCUGCCGGUCAUCUCGUUCAUCGACUCGCGGAAGGCCGCAGAGCUCGCACUAAUGCAGGCGCGCGAGCUCCUUGCAGACGAGGGUCUUGACAAGGUUAUCGAUGUCUACCGCGCAGGCUUUCUUCCCGGCCGGCGGCGGCAGCUGGAGAGCCAGCUCUUCCGCGGCGAGCUUCUCGGAGUGACCGCAACCAAUGCGCUCGAGCUCGGCGUUGACAUUGGGACGCUGUCGGCAACGCUGACCGUCGGCAUUCCGGGCUCGGUGGCCAGCCUCCGGCAGCAGAUGGGCCGAGCCGGACGUAACGCCACCGAUGCCCUCGGUGUCUUUCUCCCGUUCUCCGAUCCGUACAACCAAUAUUAUGCGGCAAAUCCGUCAGCGCUGCUCCACGACGAGCUCGAGGAGCUUGUUCUCAAUCCGACAAACGCCACGCUACUCAAGCUCCACCUUGCAUGCGCGGCGGCAGAGCUCGGGCUCGACGCUGCAGGCCUGCACCACGAGCUGCAGGCACACGGAGUGGUACUGGCCGGUGUCGCACACCCGGCAGAGGGCGCGCCGGCCGUAGACAACGCAGACACGAUGCUCUUUUCGCGCGAGCCGUACGCAGCGGCGCUGGCAGCUCUGAUCGCCGAUGGCAGUGCUAGCCAGCCGAUUGUGACCGCCGGCCGCGCAAUUGUAGAGUACUCGGGUCACGAGAGUGAGCCGCAGCGCGCGUUCUCGAUCCGGUCGUACACCGGAGCCGACUUUCGUGUCAUCAACACGGCGAGCGGCGAGACGGUCGAGGUGCUUGAUUCAUUCGACGCCAUCAUGCGCGUGUAUCCAGACGCGGUGUACCUGUCGGAGGGCGCGUCGCACAUCGUGACGCGGUUCGACGCGCUCAACUCGUGUGCGUGGAUCACCCCGGCCGAUGUCGACUACUACACCGAGGCUGUAGACCACAAGGCGGCGCGCGACCACGCGCCGGUCGCGCGAAAGAUGAUGGCAGUCGGGACUGAGACAGUCAAGGCCGGCUGGGGCCCGGCCGACGUCACCAUGUACGUCAACUACAUCCGCAAGCGGUGGAAGGCAACAACCGUGGUCUUUGACAAGAUCAAGGUCCUCCCGCCGCUGCCGCCGACCGUCUACGCCACCACCGUCGUCUGGUUCACCAUUCCGGCGUCGGCCAUUGCCGAGCUCGAGGCCGCCGACAUCAACGUUCACGAAGCCAUCCACGCCUACGAGCAUCUCUGCCUCUCGCUUGCGCCGCUCUUUUGCACCAUCGACCGCAAGGACAUCGGCGGCACGCUCUGUGACCGCUCGCUGCUCUCGGCCCACGCGCCGCGGAUCAUGAUGUUUGACGCCAUACCGGGCGGCAUCGGCAUUGCCCCGACGCUCUACGAGGCCCUGGAACAGCUAUGGGCCGCCGCCGCCAAGGUCCUGGCCUCGUGUCCAUGCAAGUCGGGCUGUCCGCGGUGCGUCCACCGCCCAGGCUGCGGCGAGCACAAUCACCUGCUCUCCAAGGCAGGCGCUCGGAGCCUCUCCAAGUGGUUUUCGCCAACAUCCCCAUCCUCGGGUGGUAGUCGUAGUGCGUCUGCAGGAGGCUUUGUCGUUGACGAUGACAACGAUGGCGAUCGACCGCAGCAGCGCCGCCAAGCGCAAAGAAAGAGAGCCUAGCUGUCAAUGGGCUGUCGCGAAAUGGACACUCUCCCCGCCAUUGUGUCCGUAGCCCCGUCAACUCUGGCCCCUGUCGGGACGCCAACACACACUCCCGACCUCGGUCCAGCUCCCUC